AUGGUAUCCAGUUUACUUUCCAAUAAUUAUACCACUACAGGAGGUAAUUGGGUGUUGACAAAUGAAGCACCCGUCGUAGUUUAUCCUGAUUAUGAAGCGCCACUUAGAGUAAGACGCGAAGGAAUCAACAAUUACGUGAAAAAUAGAGGUAGUCUUAACAUUGGAGAUUGGGAAACUGAAGGGCGUCAACCGAAUGCAAGUGCCCGGUUACCACCUCCAGCACCGCCGAAAGUAUUUGGAAUCGAUGCAACUCUCAAUUAUACUAAAAGUCGAGGUUCAACAGCAAAUCUGUUAACCGGUUAUCUCGACCCACCUAAUCCACAUCAAGGCUUACGCGUAAAAAAAGAAGGACGAGCAAAUUAUGAAAAAAAUCAUGAUGCUUCACUAAAAACGUUACUUCAGAACUAUGGAAAAUUACCAAUUUCGGACCGCCGAGUUCCGAAUACCAAAGGCGAAUUCGCUACUCGUAUGUUUUAUUCAAAUAACCAAGGUUCAAUGGGACAAAUAAUUAAUGAUUAUGGACGUGCAUUACCGAGUCCCCGUCCAGUACCAAAUGUUAAAGGCGCUGCGGCUACCGAAAAUCGAAUAAAAGGACAAGGUGAUUCAUUUUUAAUCACAAACAACGAUCCGAACGCCCCGACUAUGCCAAGAUGUGAAUCAGGUUUAGGUUUGAAAGGAGAUCAAGCUGUUGAAAAUUAUGAUCGAAGUCAAGGUCGUAAUGUUGAUCUAUUGUUUCAUCAAUACGGACGUUUGCCACAAUCAGCUCGUGCGAAUCCUAAAGUAAAAUAUCAAGGUGUCGAUAAUUACAUAAAAGAUCGAGGUAGUUCAAUGAGGAAAACUUUAUCUCAAGUGCCGCCAUCAACGCGUUUCAGAGAACGCCCACAGUCAGUACCACCACAAUUAUAA